ACGGUCUAAAUCCGCCCCUGUGGCAGAUAAGUAAAUACAAACUAUACUUUAGUUUUUGUUAGUCAUGUCUGAACUAAAUGAACGUAAAUCCCUCCUCAGGGAAUUGCCAUUUUAUACAGGGUGUAUCAAAAAAAAAGGAGACCUUAAGAAAUCAAGCAUAUUGUUAAAAUUUGAAUGCCUUUUCAGUUGCACAUAUGCUGAACCGUAGUGCGUGAAAUAUUGAUGGGGUGCAUAUAUUAGAAAAAGGAGACCUUUAGAAAUUGAAAUAACAUUUAAACAAAAGAUUGUCUGCUCCUGGGAACAAUCUGUCAUGCAUACUGUAUACGUAGAUCGCAUGUUACGCACUCGUGGGCUUAGCAAACUGCUCAAGGAUUCAAAUUAUAACAAUGGUUGAUUUCUAAAGGUCUCCUUUUUCUAAUAUAUGCACUCCAUCAAUAUUUCACGCACCACGGUUCAGCAUAUGUGCAAUUAAAAAGGCAUUCAAAUUUUAACAAUAUGCUUGAUUUCUAAAGGUCUCCUUUUUUUGAUACACCAUUUCAAUUUCAAUUUUCAGAUAUGAAGACUAUCAAAAAUAUUCCGUUUCAGGCCCUCUGCUGGAUCUAUUGCUGGUCACAAAGUAUAAAACCGGGAAAGGAGAGAAACAGCCGUUGCAAAUAAUGUUGGGUUGCCUGGUCAAGAAGAUAGUCCAAGAAAGUGGCAAAGCAAUAACCCUCGAGACCAGCAAGGGGGAAUUUACCCUUGGAGAUGCUAAGCUAAUUCUGGCUAUGGGUACUCUUCCUCCUACUACGCUCAUGCUCAAUUCUUUCCCGUCCACUUCUUUUUCGAUGCUAAGUGGCAUUGGAAACCGGUUUACUUCUCACUUCAUCAGUUCCAUCAUCGCGCGUAUUCCAUUAACUGACGACAUAGCUGGCACCAGCAACUGGUAUUCCUCUCUUAGAGAGCUCCUUAAAGUAAAACUUGAAAUGGCUGCUGUGUACAUAGCCGGUGAAAAUCCCGUUUCAAAGCACCAGUUCCACAUUCAGUUAACUGCCAUCAUAGAUGAGACACCAGAGGAGAAUAUUUAUGGCAUUAUGCGCUAUCUUCCGGAUGUAUUUGCCGCACCAUCGUUGGAACAACGGCGAACCUCCAAGGACCCGCUACAUAUUGUUUUUGCCUGCGCUUGCCUUGGUCAGCUUGAUCACAACAACGAAGAUAAUUGGUUUCGUCUCAACAAUGAUGCAGAUAUCACCAGCAACGCUACUCUGCAGGUCGUGGCCAACGACAAAGACAACGCUCUUUGGAAUACCAUGGACGAGUCUACUUUUGAAAUUCUCGAGAAUUUCUUGGAUUCUGGUGAUCAGCUGGAGUACUGGCAUUUUAAUACUUGGAAGACCGGGCGUCCUACUGCUGAGCUGAUUCGUGUUCCGAGUCUGGUCCAUGAUGCAUCAACUAUGUGGAUAGGUGACGACGAGUCAGCCCCUGUGGGUCUGGAUUAUCGAUUCCGUGGUGUCGACAAUGUGUAUCUCACUGGUGGUGCCCUCUGGCCUACUGGUGCUUCCUGGAAUCCAACCUGCGCCAUGUCUGCAUUGGCUAUGCAUCUAGCUGACGAACUCGAUAAGAACGUGGAAUAACUGUAAUUAUUAUAUAUUCAAAGGCUAUUCUCGUUCGUGAUUGGUCAAAACACGUCGGAUAAUUCUCGGUGUGUGUGUAACCACUUUGGUUACAUUUUCAUGUCACGCAGUCACGAAAUAUGAUUGGUUAAUGGUUAGGAGGUUAGGGAUUGGAUUAGGUUUCGUGAUUGCGUGACGUGAAAAGAUAACCCGAUUUUAGCCCUCGCUAAGUCACAGUGGCCCAGGCUCUGUGUGGGUUUUUAUUUAUUUUGUAUUUUAUUAUAUUUUGCCUAACAUUUACUUUAAUUAAAUUAUAAAGUAUAACUUACUUACUUUCCUUUAUGUAUUCUAGGUGUUUUAGGAGUGAUUUUAGUUUGAUAUAAUGAUAUAAAGACAUCAUGAGAAUGCGAUUUAACAUACACUUUAUAAUAUAUUGUAAAAUACUGUAAAAAAGAGCCUAAAUAUGCAUUGAUUAAAAAUAUUGGUGGACUUACUUGUUUACUGUGUCAUUUGUGUCAUUUACUUCACUUUCGUUGAUUUUCAGGCCAUUGGUUGAACCCGGCCUAUAUUGUAUAUCAUCUAAUAUUACCACCCGCUAUCAAGAACGCAAAGGUAGGCUGUAUCGCCGGGCGAACUUGGGCAAGACCUAAAUUUCAACAAAACUUGCCGAUAAAAUAUUGCCAAACGCUUCUAAAGCCGCCGCUAUACAUAUUU